AUGUCUACUGUUGAACCCACCAUUCGCCCAACAGGCUAUGGCUCCGACUCUGACAGCGAAGGUCGAGCGAGCGGCGGCCGCAAGAUCAGCAACAACAUCGGUCCCGUUCCUUCAUCAGCCGGCCUCAGUCGGCCGGCAGGCAACAUUAUCAAGGGAGCCACGGACGACAAGGGAAACCUCAAGGAUGCCGCGCUAUUGCUCGGAAUCAAACUAGACUUGGAGGCAGAGAUCCAUUUGACGGCAAGGAUUCGCGGUGACAUCACAAUUGGGUUGUAUUAA